AUGGCUACUUCUUCAAGGUUCCAGACAACUGACGAGUCCACUUCAGAGACACCGUGGUGGUGGCAGACUCCUGAAACACGGCCAGGUGGUUCCUCAAAGUCAACACCUUGGUGGGAAAAAAGUGAGGAAGUGACACACACUAAACAUGUGACUGAAAGUUCCAAAACAGAAGUGACACUUAGUCAUAGCGGGACACCGUGGUGGUGGCAGACUCCUGAAACACGGCCAGGUGGUUCCUCAAAGCCGACACCUUGGUGGGAAGGAAGUUCCAAAACAGAAGAGACGCCUAGUCAUAGUGAGACAACUCAUGAAAUCAAAUCCACAUCAUCUGAACCUAAUGUGACAAUGACGACAGCAUCAAGUGAAAAGCAUUAUACAACCCCCAAAACUGAAACUGAACCCACAGUUACAGUAACAUCUACACGGGGAAACCUUGGAGGAUUACAAUGA